GAUGUUUGGAAGUCAGCUCCGUGGUCUGCGGACUUCACAGAGAUCCGGGGAACCGAUGCUCCGCCAGGGACAAAGCCUUCGCCCUGGCAGGCAACGAAAGUGAAAAUGCUGUGGGAUGAUGAGUUUCUGUACAUAGGUGCCGUGCUGGACGUGGAUGCUGGCAACCAGAUCAUUGCAAAAUUCACGGAGCGCAAUUCGCCCAUCUUCCACACUGACUCGGACUUCGAAGUCUUCCUGGAUCCAGCCGGUUGCUGCCACGGUUACAAGGAGCUUGAGAUGAAUGCCUUGAACACGGUCUGGAAUCUGCUGCUGGACCGACCGUAUGCUGAUGAGGGCAGUGAGUUCAGCGGCCGCGUGGCCAAGGAAGGUCAGUCUCAGCAUUGGGAUGUCCGAGCGCAGAAGACAGCGGUGAAGGUAACCAAAGGUCAGAUCGGAAAUCCGGUGCGGGCAUCGCAAUGGUGCUGUGAAAUCGCCUUGGCGCCUGGAGCCCAAGGCAUUCAGACAGUCUUCCGAACGCGCCAUGCCGGGCGGCAGUGCCCUAUGUUGGAGGCUGCUGGCGAAUAA